UCCGCCGCCGCCGCCGCCGCCUCCUCCUCCUCUCCAGUGCAGGGAGGGUGUAGUGGGGGCACUGGUGGAAUAACACCCAGAGAAAAUAUCUUCUCCCCUGUGAUUAAGGGCUUAGGUUCAUUAAAGUGAAAUUGCAGUGCAGAUAACAUGUCGUCUUGGGCGAAAUCAUCCGCAGCUGCCCGGCGGCCACCAGCUAACCCAAAUGGAAGUGCUCAACAAUUGCGUCUGUUUCGGAGAGCAGCGCCUUAUCCCACCAGAGAGGAGAGGACCGAAGAGCUCAAGGAUGCUCUGGACAGUUAUGAAGAACUAGAACAAAUGCAAAACUUCAGUGGAAGUGUAAAGUAUGAGGGGUACAAGCAUCAGCCAAAUGCAAAGCAAGAGGGCUGCACUCCAGCAGACAGACGUAAAGCCCUGUAUCAGAAGUUCUACAGACAGGUGCAGGAGGAGAGGAAGCCGCCCGACUGCGUGGUCCUCUCUGUCACCAACCAGUGCCUGGAUUACCCCAAAUCGCUAAGCCAGUGCUUGCAGGAGCGUGGCCUGUCAGUGGAAAUGCUCUACCUUCAGGCGGAAUCAGGCCUGACCCGGGCCCUGCAGGAUGUCCGAGCAGACGGCUCCCCGUUAUGUAUUCUGGUGGAGCAGACAAACAUAGCUCUGUCCUCCUGCACUGUUAUCAUAUUCUCAGAAUCCCUCAAAAUCCAUCGCAACAUGCCCAAAGACCAGGCCAUGGACUUUGUUGUGGCCGAGUACAGUCGCGGACUCCUCAAAGAGCGCCCACCGAGGGACCCCGCAGACAUUGCAGCGCAGGCAUCGCAGCUGCUGGAUGACUUUCUAGAUCGAGAAAAGAUUGAACGCCACAGUGUUCCCUCUGAAACACGCCAGCACCUCAUGCUGUUAGCUGAGGGGGUGCAUCUCUACCCCGAGGAACUGGAAACAAUCUCAGAGUAUGUCCGUUCCCGGCAGGAGCACAUACAAGCCUCCAACAUUGAGGGGGAGCGAGGGAACAUGUUGCCUCCAGGACUGGGCAAACCACCUCCUCUGCUCCCUACUCCACCUGGGCCCCCUCAACCUCAGUCUGCAGCUGGAGGGGGGCCCAUGGGGGACCAUUCUCCACCUCCACCUGCACCUCUCUUGCCUUCACCAGGUUCUUAUCCCAAAACCAAACCUCCUCCGCUGCUGUCCUUGCAUCGGCCUCCUGGUCCAUCACUAGGAGCCGCAGCUUCACGAGGCCCCCCAUCCUCACACAACCCCUAUGGUGCUCUCGCUCUGUCACGUGGGCCCCUACUCCACCAUCCUCCUCCAUACCAUCCAGGCCCCAGGGGCCCGCACGGUACUAGAGGAGCCCCUCCUUCCCUAAAGAGUUCCCGUCCUCCACUUCUCUCUGCUCCAGGUCCCCCUCUUCCACGACCGAGUGGCCCCCGACACUAGGAAAUGACAGAGACACACACACACACACACACUGUAACACAUGCAGGCUACAAGUGCCAACAGUAUGCCAUGUCACCUAACUCUAGAAGAGAAGACUCCUGGCCUCGGCGUAGGGUUCCUCUGGUGACCUUUUAAAAAAAAAAAAAAAAAAAAA